AAAUAUUAUUUACUUUUUCUUUACAUUUGACAUUGACGUGGAUCUCUAAAAUUUAGAUUGUUUUUCAGCAUGUAGUUCAAUUUUAGUAAAGUGAAAUACAUUUGCUGAACAGUUCCAUUAUUAUCUGUAAUUUAUUUAGUUUAUAGCGUUAAAUGAAGUUAAUUUACAAAUAAAACUUUCCUUAAAUGUGAAAAAUUCUUUGUUUACAUUUUGGUACUGUGAUUCUUAUACACAAAACAUGCUAAAUAAAGAUAAUUAUUCUGUUUAGUACAUAAGUUAAAAGUACAAUUGCUUUAAAGCUCAUUAUAAACAUUUCUUACAUAGGUAGGUGCUGUGUCUCUGUUCUCAAAAAAUGGAAUCUCCCUCAACGAAUCUAUCUCGUGACACAAGCAACCCAUUUGAUACAGAUCCUGCCCCAAGGGGCAGAUCUCCAGAACAAUCUUGGAUUAGAUUUGAAGAGGAGGAAAAAACUGAAAAUUCAGUUGCUACCAUUGUUCCGACUCAAACUAUCCAAGUAGACACUGUCCAUAAUACGUCACAUUCUUUGAAUGAAUCAUUAACUUCUAUUGAUUCUGAAGUUUUACAUGAAGCGAAAGUCGGACUCGACAGAUCUUCUCCUCCUCAUUCUAAUUUUCUUCCUGGUAGAAACUCACCUAAAGGGGCGAUUCCUCCUCCCCCUGCCCCAAGACAACUGAGAAAAACUACUUCUGAAAUUUUACCCUCAACUCGUAGUUCUUGUCCUCCAGAUUUUGUUGGUGAUAAUGGACACACAAUGCAAAAUAUUCCUUUAUCGGAAAACGUAUCUCAUCCGAGAACAUGCAAUCAUGAAAUCAGACAGGGCUUCCGUAAUGGUGAUUUUAUUGUGGAUUUGCUACCAGUAAAUAAAAAGUGCCCUUGGGUUACAAAAGCACAAUUCAAGCCAGAGUUAGUUCCUGAAGAACUUAUGGCUCAAGGUUUGACUCUAACUGUUGAAGAUUAUGUGACAGCAAUGCAGGUCCUUGUCAAUGAUGUCCGUUUCAAUGUCUACAAUGUGUGUUAUAAGAGAGUCCUUAUAUUAUGGAUCAUGUUGGGUUUUGUCAUUCUUCUUUCCCUUUUGUUUUCUGGCAUCAGAGGAUUGGCUUUGUUUGGAGGAGGUUUAGUCUGGCUCAUUGUGAAUGCGGUUGGAAUAUUCGUUUGUAUGUGGAUUAAACUAAAGCUAUAUCGUAUGUUGGAACAGUGUAUGGCUAGUGUUAAUUCAUUAUUCUAUAAGCAUAGAAUAAUGGUUGGCCUGGAUGACAGAGGAAAAAUAUCCUGCCACAAAGUGAAUCUCAUUUUUGUAUAUUUUGAUACUACUUAUUGCAUUAAAUAUUUAAAUGACAUGCUGGAAAAUGAAGAAAAAUUGAAUGUUCAAGAGACUGCAGCUAAUGGAGGGCAGCUUAAUAUUGAUCAGUCUAGAAUGGAUAUUGAUAGAUCAGAUAUAAUUAUCACUGGCAGUAAUUCCACUCGUGUUAGUCAAAAAGAAAAAUAUGCUGAAAAACUUCUCUUGCGAUACAGUCAGCGUUGGGUUAAAGAAUUUGUCAGAAAACGUUUAGAUUUAAGAUUGCCUUUACAUCCUGAUGGUACAGUUGAAACUGGACCUCCGACGCCACCCCGACAUUGUGAUUCUGCAAGAUGUCCCUGCCAAUUUAUCGAAGAGCAUCUUCGUUUUAAACCUACGACGAAAUGCAGUAUUAGAGACCUCUGCUCAUAGUACUUCUAAUUUCUAUUAUUUAUAUUUAAAAGUAAUAUUCGUUAUUUUUAAUACGUGUGCAUGUUCCAUUUUUAAAAAAAAAAUAUUCACCAAUAUUAUCAGCAUAGUCUUAUAACAAAUUGAAGUUAUUUGUUAAAUGGAACGUAGAUGUACAUUAUUCAUUCGAAUGAAUGUCGGGUGAAAAUAAUUGCUUUUAUGACUUGGAGUUAUAUUUUUGUAUAUGACAUUAAUACUUCAAUCAAAAUUUUUUAUGAAGAUUGAUUUUUGGAGGUACUUAAGUGUUUUUUUACUGUGAAUAUACAAUACCUCUGCAAAUUGUUGUCAUUAUUCAUGGUGCAAUUUUAACCGGUGCAUUUUCUGAAACAUGUUCAUAGGUAUGAUCAGUAUUUUAUAAUUUUAAAUAUAAUUGUGAUACUAUCUAUUUAAAUAUAUUUAUACAUUUGAAAAAUUUAAAGCUGUUACACUUUAAAUCAGAAAAUAUUGCUAUUGUAUUAAACACUUUUUUUAAAUCAUGUUAUUUUAUAAUGAAUAAAAAUAUUUAUUGCUGUUACAAUAAAACCGUCCAUAUCAAUUGAAAUGUGAUUUUAUACAUUUAAAACUUCUGGGGUUUGCAAGGAACUUUACUCAUAGGAAAUGGUGAUCUUUGCAAACAUAAUGAUUUGAAUAAAUAUUUAUAUUUGUAUAAUAUACAUGUUAUAGUAUGUACAGCUAUUUAUU